AUGCUUUCGAAGUUUCCCCUACUCCUCAUCUGUCAUUUGUUUGCCCUCCCCAUCACUGCCGAACAGUACAACUCUAGCUAUCAUGCAUCCACUUUCUUCCCACGACUCUGGUUUCCACAAUACAGUUCUUUCUUCCACAAGUAUGCUACACACUUGGCCGAAGCAUCAAGAGUGACAUGCGUCACGACCCUUACAGACUACAACAUUACCUACUCAGCCCUGUCUUCUUCACUGGUAGCCAAACAGCUCCUGUCGAUCUGCUAUGAACAUGAAAAAUGUAUCCUGGACAACAUGCCAUCGGACGUACUAGCGAACUUCAUCUCUGCAACUGUCGUGUUAGGCCUCAUGCCAACAUUACUGUCAACAAUUGCACCGAGUAUCGCUGAGAUGGCGCUGCUUUCAGCCCAUCGGCCAGCACUGAGUUUCCUAAUCGCAUUGGACGCACCAUCAAUCUGGCCAACAAGAUUACUUGAGUAUAAUGACCCAACGCGUUAUGUGCUGGUAGCAGGUGCAGUUUUCAACAUUGUAUGGACAAGCUUGGAACUUGGUCGUAACAGUAUUCUGAGCUGGGGAUGCACAACCACUUUUGGUCCUCUACUGUGGACUUCACUCGCUGGCGUAGUCCAUCUUGUUGCGGCAUUUAGUUUUGCGUACGUGAGAAGCAGUGCACAUUCACGGCAAGAGAGUGCGAAUAAGGGAGUCAGAAAUUGGAACGCCACGAAAGGUUUUCGCAAAAUCAUAGGACUAUUGGCAAAAGAAUUCACGCUUUGCGCCGAACAAUCGUUGGGUCAAUAUGACGGGAACAAUGCAGUACCACCUCUGGCGGUCGUUGCCAACGUGCUGGCUGGAUGUGGCAGAUUUAUCUAUCUAAUGUUUGGCAUCAUUAUCUUCUAA